CAGGCACUGAUCAAUUGUGCGUCAUGCUAACACUACUACACGUAUUACAACAUGUGUCCAAGUCAAUAUUAACCCGUGAAUUAAAUAUAUUCCUCGUUUAACGACUAAUUUCCAAUAAACUGAGAGCAAUAUUAACCCCAGAGUGAAGUGGUGCAAGGUGAGUGCCUCCCUGUUCCCGGGAAUCUUUCACUAUUCCCCAGCAUCUGUGAAACAUGAACAACCAGACUCGAUACUUGAGGUCAACGUAAUUACUCUAGAGAUAAAAAAAAUAUUCCCACAUGUGUUUGUGGGAUUGUCGACCAAUCUAACGGAGUUAACGUGUGAAUGAGGGACUAAUCGGUGGAGAUUGUCUGGAGGUCGUCAUUUCCAGAUCUGAAAAUGAGCUCUCAACCGAUAAUGGUUCCUGGCGAACGACAGAGGCCCUCGUCCGAGUCACAGUCUGUUUCCACUGGUCACAAUGCCGAGCCCAUGAAGACGAUGACACCACCAGGCGUCAGUCGGUCCCUCAGCAAUCCGCCUGGAGAUGAUCGACGGCCUCGUCAGGGAAGUGUCCAUGCACAACCAGCCCAAUUGUCCAAGCUACCAUCGUCAGAAUCACUCACAGCUAACGUUAAUCUCGCCUCAGGUGCUCCUCCGCUUUCUCCAGGGCUUUCGGCGAUGGUGGAGAGCAAUUUGAAAUUGGAUUCCGCUUCGGAUAAGGCCGACUCCUGUAAGCUAACACGAAAGGAAUCUUACAAAGCACAACGAAAGAACUAUCGAAUCGAGAAGAAACGAGUUGCAAACGAACUGCUGAGUUCUCUGAAGGAUCCCACAGUUGUUGUAAUGAGUGACUGGUUGAAGGUACGUGGAACUCUCAAGAGCUGGACAAAACUCUGGUGCAUCCUGAAGCCAGGGCUGCUAUUACUCUACAAGAGUCCAAAAAUAAAGAGCAAUCACUGGGUUGGAACAGUCCUCCUAAACAUCUGCCAAGUGAUCGAACGACCAAGUAAGAAGGAUGGUUUCUGUUUCAAACUGUUUCAUCCACUCGAACAAUCGAUUUGGGCGCCGAGGGGUCCGGAGAAGGAAGCUAUUGGCGCUGUUGUGCAACCACUACCAACCUCCUAUUUAAUAUUUCGCGCUCCAUCUCAGGCAGCUGGAAAAUGCUGGCUGGAUGCACUUGAGUUAUCGUUGCGUUGCUCGUCACUCAUUGUUAGAUCAACGAGUAUUCUUCCUCGUUCUCCACAACACGAUGCAACAACAACACACGAGACACAAUGGAGUGAGGCUGACUACGAGAAGCAUUUCGAUCACGGUAAGAUAUUUUUUCCUUAAUUGCAAGAAGAUAAUGCCGGCAAUAGAAGAUUCAUUUCAUUUAACUCAAGUCUGUCAAACAACAGACAAGAGAGUAAAUCNUCUGUCAAGGACGAGGAGGAGACUAUCUGCGAGACUCCAUAUGUUGCUAAUGAGAAUGAAUUCCUUGGAACGGCGGGGGAAGUUGUCGCGGAGCUUCAGGACGAGCAGAAGUCGUUGAUUUGGUUUUUACUGAAGCAAGUGCGUCCUGGAAUGGAUCUGUCCAAGGUGGUUUUACCGACCUUCAUUCUGGAGCCACGAUCCUUCCUGGAGAAACUGGCGGACUCUUACUACCAUGCCGAUUUACUAUCCCAAGCCGUUCUCGAGGACGAUGCAUUUACGCGAAUGAAAGGAGUGGUUAAGUGGUACCUCUCAGGUUUCUACAAAAAGCCACAGGGUCUUAAAAAGCCCUACAAUCCACUGCUGGGUGAGACAUUCCGUUGCUACUGGCAACAUCCAAAUGGCUCGCGUACAUUCUACUUGGCUGAACAGAUAUCACAUCAUCCGCCCAUUUCGAGUUUCUACGUGACAAAUCGCCAGGACGGCUUCACAAUAAGCUCAACUAUAAUAGCAAAGUCCAAGUUUUAUGGCAAUUCAACGUCUGCUGUGCUGGAUGGUGCUGCUGUGCUGACGAUGCUUCCACGAGGCGAGGAUUACACCAUGACAAUCCCCUACGCUCACUGCAAGGGAAUUGUCAUGGGUACCUUGUCCAUGGAGCUCGGUGGCAAAGUCAAUAUUAUCUGCGAAAAAACUGGAUAUCACACCGAGCUUGAAUUCAAAUUGAAGCCAUUCUUGGGUGGUGCUGAGCAAAUGAAUCAGGUGGUAGGUAGAAUUCGUCUUGGAAAAGAAACCCUGGCAACAAUAUCCGGCUACUGGGACGGUCAAAUUGUAAUAACGGAUAAAAGAACGGGUCAGGAGAGUGUCUUCUUUAAUCCUCUACCCGAGAUUCGUCGCAAGCGUUUGAAGAAAUACACAGUUCCCCUGGAUCAUCAGGGUGACUGGGAGAGCCAGCGUUUAUGGCAGGCUGUCACGAUAGCUAUAAAUAAUGAUGACCAAAUCGCUGCGACAGACGCUAAAACUUCUCUGGAAGAGGCACAGAGGGAACGAGCCAAAGAUCGAAAACAGAAUAACCAGGAGUGGAUACCAAAAUACUUCGUUCAAGAUAUUAUCACUGGCAAUUGGGUGUACAGGCACGCUGACAUACGCCCGUGGGAUCCCAGAAACGACGUUGUACAAUUCGAGCACGAUUACAUUGUUCGUACCAAGACACGUCACAAGACGCCUAUCAUGAGAACUGGAAGUAUCGUAUCCGUGGAUCCACAGACACAGAUGCCGUUAUUACAGGCUGAAUCGCGAUCGUCUCUGUCAGUAUUGAAAUCAUCGAAGAGACAAUUGUCGAGUAAUUUACCACUGACGGAGACUGCUCAUGAUUCGGGGAGUUCGUCCGCAGAUGUACAUUCCGACUCGAGUCAGUCGAUCGGGAAGAGACGGAGGUCCAAUGCCAGGCUCAUGCAUUCCAUCAAGGAAGUGGAGAGUCGAAUGCUCCAGCAAGGCGAACAGCUGAAUCGAAUCCAACGAACGCUUGAGCAAUUAGCUAUGAGGCAACGCAGCUCGAAAGAAUCGAAUUAUAACGCCAACAUGAUGAAGAAUUUUGUGGACACCGUUAUUGUCAUUGUGGUGGUCUUCUUCGUGCAAUAUAUCUUCAAGAUGUGGAAUCGUAAUAACGUGGAUACCAAAGAGACUUGAUCAUCAAUGGCGUAAUUUAUUCCUGUGUUAACCUGAAUAAGGAUUCGGUAGAGAAUCCUUGAUGGAUAAGGAGCAGCUGGAAGUUUUGAUUACCAAUGGAUGAAAACGAAAUCGACUUGUUGGAUAUGAGUGUAAUCACUGGUGAUGUAUUUUCGAUAAUCUGCCUUUCUGUACGUGUUUAUUUAAUUCCGAUAAUUCCGUAUCAGGGUACAUUAUUCUCGAGCAGUGUAAAUAGACGGUAAUCGGUAAGGAGAAGUCAGUAAUGGAUAUUAUUUGUUGAAUUAUUGAAUCAUUGAUCAUGUAAUUUUAAAAAGUUAUGCUUUCGUAUUGUUUUCUAAUUAAAUUUUUCUAUGUUCUUUUCCCUUUAAUCAAGUAAAAUUAACAUGAAAUUCCGAUAUUUUUUUCAUUUCCAAAGCUAUUUGUAUAUUUACGUUUGUUAACGAAUAAUUAGGUGUAUAAGUACAUAAUGAUUGUCAGAUAGAUUCCCACUAGAAUAAUCAAAGAUUACUAUAGCGGUUGGAGGACCUGACGAAUACGAUUGAUAAGUCGAUAUCCAUCAUUUCUAACAGUUUCUAAGAUAAACGAAUUCCAUUCAAUCGUGUGAUUACUAAUACCUGUGAGUAAGAGAUAUAGAAAUGGAUACCUGGAUGAAAGCUAUUUAUUAAAUUUAUGCAUUAGAUGAGUCAGAGAUCGAAGGUAUCAGGGUAAUGUGAGGAGGCAAUUGAGAACGGAAUUAGUAGUAUUUCAACGAACACUCGAAACAUCUUGAGCAAUCAUUAUUAAAAAAUGACACUGUAGAGCCAGAAUUACUGCACUCGUUGUUACUAAUUCAAAUCGAUAUCGAAUUGCUUGUUAGGCACAUGUGCACUGUAAUUCCAAAUGCAUUGAAUAAAAAUUAAAUCAUUCGAUAUUUCUUUCACUAUCUGCUGAUUAAAUUCAAUUAGAAAUUAAGAUAGGGAUUGAUGUAAAGUUCUCCUGCAAUUGAAAUAGAAAUAAAAAUUGUAUCAAUCGCUGUGCGAUUCUCGAUUUAUCGUUACAGUAGAAUCCCGUUAUAGUUGUACCUCUCCUGAAUUAUGUAAGCAAUCCAUGGUUUCGUCGAGUGAGAAAUCGGGUUUCAGGCAAAAUAAAACCAAAAUAUAAAUUUUUUUCGUAUUUGAAUUUAUGAAAAAAUUCAGUUUACGGUGGCAGCGAGUACCUGGUGAGGGUUGAAUGCAGUGGAAUUCUCGAUAUAUAUAACGGGAGUUUACUGUAAUGUUAUAAAAUAUUUACAAUCCCGAAAAUUAUUUAUUUCCUUAUUCUCGUGAGAGAAAAAGUUCAAACGAUUGGGAAAUAUUCUGUGUGGGAGAUGUGCCAUGUUUUUUUUUUGGUUUUUGUUGAUUCAAUUGGGAUACGAUACAUUGGUGACACACAUCAGACGAAUAAAUUUAUAUUCUCUAUUUGUUAAUUUUAAGAUAUGGGUCUAGUCGAGAUUAUAUUGUGCAAAAAUUAAACGAACAUUAAAAAAUCA